UCAUCUAGGAUUGGCUUCUGUUUCUUAUUAAUUGUAUUUGAUCUAUAUACAAUAAAAAAUAACACUGUAUCAUAGUUCCUGCAAAUACUUUCCCCGGUGUAUUACUUCUUAAUUUUGACUAUGUUUAUUUGAUUGAUGCUCCUAAUUUACCUAUGAUUGAAUCUGCCUUAUUUUCAUUUGCGUUUUCCAGUGAAUGUGUUGUGUGUGCCAAAAGGGGUUAAAUGUAAAUGACCUUGAACCUACGUUAUUGUCCAACGGUGUCAUUAGGAAAUAACAGAGGAGCUGUUAUCUCAUUUCCCACCCUGGGUCUGACGGUACCCUGGGCUGAGCUUUUCCUCAGCCAUCAUCCCCUCCGCUGAAGGCUGCCUGCCUGCAAAGGUUGCCAGAUCAAAUACAAUUUGAAUUCCUUCUUUUUUUUUUUAAGCAUCAGUAUGUCCCCAAUACUGCAUGAACCACACAGAUGCUAAAGAUUUCAUUUGUGGUUCAUCUGAAAUCCAAUUUUAAUUGGGCAGCCUGUAUUUUUAUUUACUACAUCUGGCACUCCUGCUUGGGGUUAGUUUAUUAACACCUGCUUACUUAACGCCAUCCUGUACCACGCAUCGGGGUUGGGGAUGGGGGGGGAGCUGAAAAGAGAAACUAGUUCCUGUUCUCAGAGUGUUUGUACUCCGGUUUCCCAGAGAAUUUUGUAUUAGAAAAAUAAUCUCCUAGACUACUUCGGUGACUGCUAGAAUAAACUUAAGAGCGCAGCCUCUGUUUUCCUGCUGCCCAAUGCAGUUAGCCCCAUUUACAUGAUCAUAGACUCCACCUGAGGCACCCUUCCCCUGGGGCGUCUCUGCUUCUUUUGGUUUAAAGAGGGAUCCGAGUGCCAGGAGUUUUAACAAGUGCCCAGGUGAUUCUGGCAGGCUUGACACUGGAGGCCUCGGAGUAACACCUGACAUAAAGUCAUGGCCCAAGCUACAUCCGCAGAGGCGGCUUCAGAUCUUCCACUCUUUUACAGCCCAUUCAGAAUCGCCGAGACACGUUUUGCGGUGCUGCUGUCUUUAAACUCCCAGAGUGGCCGUCGGGACCCUGUCACAAGAACAAUGCUGCCCCGAUGGGAACUGUCUUUUUACCUAUUUGCCUCCCUAGGCUUCCACUUCUAUUCUUUCUAUGAAGUUUUCAAAGUCUCCAGAGAACAUGAAGAGGAACUGGACCAAGAAUUUGACCUGGAGACCGACUCUUUAUUCGGAGGAUUAAAGAAGGACCCAACUGACUUCGAGUGGAGCUUCUGGAUGGAGUGGGGGAAGCAGCGGCUGGCAUGGCUUCUCCUUGGCCACGUGGGUGUGUCUCAAGUAGCCAACCUGCUCGCAAGGAAGCACAGACCCUGGAUCCUUGCAGCCUACGGGAUGUGGGCCUGCCAUUGCGCGCUGGGGACCCGAGGCACGGCCAUGGUUCUUCUUCACACCACCAUCUCCUUCUGCGUAGCCCAGUUCCGGUCGCUGGCCCUGUCCUGGCUCUGUUCUCUCUUCCUCCUCUCGACACUGAGGCUGCAAGACGUGGAGGAAGUGAAGCGAGGCUGGUACGAGACGGAGAACGAGUACUACUUGCUGCAGUUCACGCUGACGGUCCGCUGCCUGUACUACACCAGCUUCAGCCUCGAGUUGUGCUGGCAGCAGCUGCCUGCCGAGCGCGCCUUCUACUCUUUCCCCUGGAUGGUGGCCUACGUCUUCUACUACCCCGUCUUCCACAACGGGCCCAUCCUCAGCUUCCCGGAGUUCCUCACGCAGAUGCAGCCGCGGGAGCAGGGCUCGCUGAAGGCCAGCUUUUCCAUCCUUGUCCGGGGGCUGGGCCGCCUCCUCUUCUACUGGUGGCUGGUGGAGCUGAUGGUUCAUCUCAUGUACAUGCAUGCCAUCUGCAGCAGCGCCCCCCUCCUGAGCGCCGUCUCCUGCUGGACCUUGGGAGGCCUGGCGUUGGCCCAAGUGCUCUUUUUCUAUGUGAAGUACUUGGUGCUCUUCGGCGUCCCCGCUCUGCUCAUGCGCCUGGACGGACUGUCGCCGCCGCCCCUUCCUCGCUGCGUGAGCACCAUGUUCAGUUUCACGGGGAUGUGGAGGUAUUUUGAUGUUGGACUGCAUGAUUUCCUGGUUAGGUAUGUGUACAUUCCAGUGGGCGGGUCCCAGCACGGCCUGCUGGGGACACUGUUUUCCACUGCAGUGACCUUUGCGUUUGUGAGCUACUGGCAUGGUGGGAAUGACUACCUCUGGUGCUGGGCAGCACUCAACUGGCUGGGGGUCACCGUGGAGAGCGGAGUCCGGAGGCUGGUGCAGAAACCGUCCAUCCAGGACAGCUUGGCUCAGGUCCUCUCCCCGCAAGCUCGCCGCCGCUUCCACGCCGCCCUUGCAUCUUGUUCCACGUCCAUGCUGAUCCUGUCCAACCUGGUGUUUCUCGGGGGCAAUCAAGUUGGGAUCUACUGGAAUAGGAUCUUCAUUCAAGGCUGGCCAUGGGUGACCCUCUCUGUCCUGGGAUUCCUGUACUGCUAUUCCCACGUGGGCAUUGCCUGGGCCCAGACGUACGCUGUAGAUUAAUGCCGCCAGGUCAGGCCAGCCCUUGUUGCUGGCUUCCAAGGCAAACGGUGCUCCACCCUGACCUUGAACUCCAAGGUAACCUCCAGGGGACCAGUGCUUGAUCUGCUCAUCUUUUGUUGAAGUUACCUCACUCCAAGUCGGGGAGCUUGAGCUCUCAUAACUUUGGGAACUUGGAGCCCCUCCUCCCCGGCCCCAUCACCUUCCUGCUGAGUAAGCUGGGGUCCAAAGCAGCAAAAGGUCUUGCCUAGCUACACAUGGUGACACUGUAGUCCAGGCCCCAGUCCCAAGGGCCCUCCAGGUUCUUGCUCCUUUACCAAGAAGUCGAUGCAAUAAACAUUUCUUGAUUGAGGCACAGAAAUCCUGAUUAGUGAUGGCCCUGUCCUCCAUGGGGUGUUAUUUCUGAAACAUGUUGGGUUGGUGGCGUUGAAGUGACCCUUCCCUCUGACCUGCAGCAUGGUUUCUAGAACCAGCACUGGGUUCAGCUUCACAUUUUAGCUUCUCAGCAGGGAGGUGACAAAGCCACAGCUGUGUUUCUAAUUAUCCCGACCCAGAAGGCAGCAUAUGUUCUGUGGGUGGCACUGCAAAGAGUUAGGACCCACGGGAGCUGUUAUUGGAGCUUCUUCAGCAUCAUCUACGUUUGCUUGCCUGUUCCCUAGAUUUGCAGAGAAGAAUAAACAUGGCAGUUCUUCCACCUGACAGUUAAUUGUUUCCCAGCAAAGCAGCAAAAUUUAAAAACAAAACCAAAAACACCCAGGGAAUUAGUGGAUCCCAGACAGUGUUACGAGGUGAGGCAGUGUAGGAAGAGGAGCAGGAUGCCUUCCUGGUCCCAGCUGUCCUCUUCCCACCAGUGUCGUGCACUCUGUGGUUUGCACUGUUUGUUUCGUUUCAGAUAAAAUGGAGGCUGUUUAUCACAUAGAGAAUUCAUAUCUUUGUAACAUUGUUUUGAGUGUUUUUGGAAGAAAACGUUUAAAAUCU